UUCGCGCCCUUUUGGCCUCUUGACAAAACAAGCAGACGAUGUCUGACGGCCAUUUUGAAUCUGGCUUUCUUCCAAUAUUGCCGAGUCGUUUUAUCUACCGUGUCCAAUAUUAAAACUUUCCUUCUGUGAAACAAUGCAAUAUUAUUUCAACUGAGACAGCUGGCUCUCUCAGUAUCUUUACACACAGAGACAUUGACUGACUUGCCUCAACAGAGUAGCGACCAAAAGCUGCAAUGGCGACACGUAGCAAAACUUGUCAGGAGCGACGUUUCUAAUACUCAAGCGUAACCUGACAAGAUGGAAGCGUCGCCCCACGGUCACUUGCUUGCUGCGGUGGUGUUGUUAUUAGUUGCCAGGCCAGUAGUUUUGGACGAAGCAGUGGAAAUCAGUUACCAGAGUUUGAAACGACUUCAUCAACUUCAAAAGGUCAAGGCCAGAAUAUUAGACGGCCUUCACCUUGAUGGCGUUCCCAAACUACCGAAAGGCGUGACCCGCCCCACAGUACAGAAGGCUCUAUCACAACUCCAUAAAGCGGUCAUGCCUGGACAAAACCCCAACUUUGAAUAUCCGGAGAAUUUAGCUGUCAUCCUGUUUUCGGAACCAGCUAAAUCGCUAGAAGACAAGAACACUCUCCAGUUCCAGUUAAACGCCAACGGGAACAGUUCUCCGAUCGAGGUGAAAAGUGCUAGUCUUUUUAUUCGAAUAAAAACGAAGAAGGCCGAAGGCAACGAAAAGCCCCCGAAGUCUAACAAAUCCAGGAAGAAAAACAAUUCACAGAGGAAAAUAAAACUGCUGAUUCGACACUUUGACCGGAAGCGGAAGCGUUUCCGGAGGGUCACCCUUCUCAAGGCCAGCAUUAGGAAAACAAAAUGGCUGAAACUUCACAUACCGCAGUCUUCGGUGCAGCGAGACUUGAAUUCGGGAAAUAAGACUAUUUUACUGAAGGUCACAUGUAAGAGGUGUAAACAAAGUUUGAGUCUUGACCUUCUCUACAAGAAGAACGCCAAAAAAAACAAAAUAGGGAAACGUCGGAAGUCCAAAAAACGACGUUUGAGCCACACGCGACCUUUCCUCGUGGUGUACACGAAACCCCAGAUUUCCACGCGACCUCGUCGUAACCUUGACGACUGCUCAGUCGCCAACAUGUCACACUGCUGCACGAGACAAAUGUACGUCGAUUUUCGAGAGAUAGGCUGGGACAACUGGAUACUGUAUCCCCCGGGGUUCACAACAUCAACAUGUGAUGGCGGGUGCGAUACAUCCACGGCGCAUGUCGUGACCUCAAAUCAAGCGUCACGUGGUCGUAAUUCGACGAAUCAGGAAGUGGCGUGUCGACCUACUUCGACCGAGCCCUUGACCGUCGUCUACUAUAAAAGAAUCAACGUAAUCGUCCGACGAACCAUCCCAAAUUUGGUCGAUGGCAACUGCGGUUGUGUUUAAUUUCACGCACAUUCUUAACUUAUAAACAUGUGACCACAGACGCUACUGCGAAAAAUAAAUAAGUGGACCUUUCUGUCGGAAAUGCGUUUUAUCAUAUCUGCUUUCAAUAUGUCAUUUGAUCGGAUGAAGAAAUGCCCGUUUAACAAGAUUGGGUUUCUUGGCUCUGUUCUUUGUGUUGUGCGUAUUGAUAUAUAAACUGAAAGAGACGUUUUUCCUGUCAUGAGAUGUUGUAUGACUAAAGGGUUAUUGGUAUAUUGAAUCCAAUCUCAUUAAAAUCAGAUCUUAGUUCUGGCUAUCGCUAAACAAAGAUCUGAAGACAUCCCAUUACGGGUCACGUCAGAACGACCUUUCAUCCGACCAAUCAAAGCGUCGCUUACCAGAUCCUGAAAGUGACAGUCGGAAUGUGUUUUCUAAUCAUGCAACCUCGAAAACGUUAACAUGGGGUAUGCCGAGCGACAGUUACGGCCCGUACGACUGAUUCCGUCAUAAUCAUCGUCUACCUCUCGCUUCCAUUCGAGAAACAUUUGAACGGAAGAAGUGUUGCAUAGUACAUGGGAAGCACUGCCAUACAAUCUCAACCAUAUAUUAGACAUUCCGGAAAGUUCGUUUGUUCAGUUUUCAAAAUUUUAAUC